AUGGCUACAUCUAACAGCGAAGCGACGCUCAGGGAUUCCGUCACACCGACGCCGGCUGGUCGCAAUGCCUUGCGCGAAAAGGCUGCUGAGUUCCUCGCUGCCCAUGGCGAAAUCUCCUACACCUACGAAGAGGAACGCGCCGUCCUGCGUCGCAUCAACUGGCGUGUUCUGCCCAUUCUUCUCGGCAGUUACUUCUUUCAGCAGCUCGACAAGAGCUCGCUCAGCUAUGUGUCCAUCUUUGGCAUCAUUGAAGAUGCCAAUCUGGUCGGCCGCCAGUACUCCUGGCUUAGCAGUAUCCUGUACUUCGCCCAGCUCGUCUGGCAGCCUGCUGCAGCCUUCAUCCUUGUCAAGCUGCCCUACGGAAAGGUCAUCGCCGGCGCCGUGUUCCUCUGGGGCGUAUCGCAGGCUAUCAUGGCAGCGCCCACAAACUUUGCUGGUCUGCUCGGCAUGAGGUUUUGUUUGGGCACUUUCGAGGCCAUGAUUGCACCGAGCUGCGUUGCUGUGACGCAGAUGUGGUGGAGGCGACAGGAGCAGACAAUGGUCACGUCUGCUUGGAGCGCCAUGAAUGGCCUCACCUUCAUCAUUGGGAGUCUGGCGACCUACGGCCUCGGCCAUAUCAAGAGCGAUCGCUUGUACCGCUAUCAGGUCAUCUUCCUCUUCUGUGGCCUUCUCACGAUUGUGUGGGCCGUCAUUGUGCUCAUACCCAUGCCCGAUUCCCCGAUGGAGACCAAGUACCUACAGCAACGUGAAAAGCUCAUCGCCGUCGAGCGACUGCGUGCCAACCAGAUGGGUGUCGCCUCCCGCCAGUGGCGCUGGGACCAUGCCAUCGAAACCCUCCUCGAUGUCAAGACUUGGUGCUGGUCCAUAUUGAUAUUGGCCAUUUCCAUCGCCAGUGGCGGCAUCGGAACGUUUGGCAACCUGAUUGUUCGCUCCUUUGGCUACACCGAGUUUCAGACCAUCCUGUUCAACAUUCCCUUUGGGGUCAUUCAGAUCAUCGCCAUCAUGGGGACCGGUUGGAUUGCAACACGCUUUCAACGCAAGGGGCUUGUCAUCGCCGGAACUGCAGUCUUACCCAUCAUCGGCUCGGUACUCAUGCUCACAGUGCCCCGCGAACAGAAGGCCGUGCUGCUCUUUGGCUAUUAUCUCGUCAGCUGCAUGGCGGCCAUCACGCCACUCGUCUACUCGUGGCAGGCGCAGAACACGGCGGGGGACACCAAGAAGAAGACGACAAGCGGCAUGGUAUUCGCUUUCAUGUGCGUCGGCAAUAUCGUUGGACCGCUGAUCUACCAGCCCAGCGACGCGCCCUUGUAUCGCCCUGGCCUCAUCUCCAACCUGAUCAUGUUUGUUCUCGUUGCGGCUCUAGGCAUCACGAUCCCAUUCUAUCUGAUGUUUCUGAACAGGCGUCACGCUAAGCGCCGCGAAGAACUCGGAAAGAAUGCCGUCGUUGUCGAUGAGUCGAUGAUGCGCAACCGCAACAUGGAGCAGAGCAAGGCUGUGGAUAUCGAGCUCGAAGAGGAAGGGCAGCAGAGACAGCAGAGGACCUUGCAGGAGGAUAACGCGCUACAUGAUAUGACGGAUCUGAAGAAUGAGGAUUUUAUCUAUGUGUACUGA